CCCUACUUUGUGAUAGGGAAUGUCUGUCUACCUAGCAUGUAGGAGGAAUUCACCUGGGCUGGACAUGUGGACAUCUUAUCACUUAAACUGACCAUCAACUUCUACCAGAGAUGGCACACAGGAAAUAUUUUCUUUUGGGAUAGAUUUUCUCUCGUAUGGAUGAAGUAAACGGGAAGAUUUAUAAAAGUUUAGUGAAGAAGUCUUUGAACCUAGUACUUCUCAGUUGAGCGACUGCCAUCCUUUUAUGUAUGGCUGGAGGAAGUUCUGAUUCAGUGUACAUUAGUACAAGGGUCAUCUCUGUCCAUAGGGCAGGGGAUGUCCAGCUAGAUUGUGGAAUCAGUUGUAAAAGUACCAUACUAGAUUUGGAAAGCUACGUCUAUGUUGGUCAACAGUCAUCUGACUGCUGAUUCCAGUCAGCUGUGUCUGUGGCCAUCAGCUGAUCAGGACUGGUCACUGGGAAACAGCUGAUCGCAACAGGGCGGAUACUACAGCUGUCGUUGUGAAUAUUUUUGUGAUUCAAGAUCACAUCAAGACAUAAGUGUAUGGAUAUUACGUAAGUCAUGUGAUAUUUAUGUUGAAAACUACGGUGACAUCCACGUAAAUUGUGUUGGGUUUGUGAUCCUGAAUUGUUUAAAAUGUAUGAACAACUGUCAAAAUAUUCUGCCAAACACACUUGCCAUGUAAAUGACGUAUAAAGAAUCAGGCCAAAAUUUUACAGUCACAACAACAAGACUUAUUGUCAUGACUUUUUAAAGUAGAUGAUAUUGAAGGAAAUUGUGCAAUAUUAAACUGUUGUUGUUUUGUUGUAGAACUGGUUUUGUUGUUUAGUAGGGAUGUAGCACUCAUUACCUGUUGGACAUUCUGUUUGUAGGAGUUUUAUACGAACGUGUUUCUCGAACAACAUAUUAUUAAUCGAUAAAAACUGUUUUUUAUGGAUUUUAAAUGAUCUGCGUAAUUCGUGGAAUGUACUGAGGGGAUUUGUGCAAUAAUACAAUUUUUGUGGAUUGAAGUUACCGUGUGGAACUCACCAUUGUUAUUGUAUGGUUCUUCUGUAUGGAAUAUUAAAUCUAAACAUGUAUGGCAAAAUGAUUUGCGGGAAAUAACCUGUAUGGAACCUUUUCAUAGAGCUUAGUCUCAUGGAUAUAUCACUCUGAAUUAUCAGACACUUUUGGAAUUACAUGUCACGACUGAAAACUCACACAUCCGUACACCUGGGUAGUAAUACAAGCCGUGCCCAUGGUUCAUGAGGGACAAGAUAAUCGCAACUUAGAGGACAUGGAUUCUGGUGUGGUAGACGAGCGACUGUUAAACAACCGUGGCCAUUGGUUAAAACAUGAGCAGGAAUACUACAAACAGGCGAUGCGACUGAAACGCCAGCUGUCCAAAGCGCGCCAUGAUCCUAGUAUGGUGUACCGUGAGCUGACCGGGGCGGCCGCAGACCAACUGGACAGAAUGGCGGACGCCCUGCAGCAACAGCAGGACAUGGCCGCCAUGCAGAACCGCAUCCCAAACUCCUUCCGGGAGCCCACAACUGCACCGCUCCGCAAACUCAGCGUUGACCUGAUAAAAACGUACAAGCAUAUAAAUGAAGUUUACUAUGCAAAAAAGAAGCGGCGUGCAGCACAGGGAGCUCAAGGGGACGAAAGCAGUCACAAGAAGGGCAAAGUCAAUGUCCAUGCAUAUAACGAAGGCUAUGAUGAUGCUAAUCACGACUAUAUAGUCAACCCCGGGGAGAAAUGGCUUGAGAGAUACGAAAUAGACUCUCUUAUAGGCAAAGGAUCCUUCGGACAGGUGGUGAAGGCAUACGACCACACUGACCAGGAGCAAGUCGCUAUUAAGAUAAUCAAGAACAAAAAGCCUUUCCUUAACCAGGCCCAAAUAGAGGUCAAACUACUAGAACUUAUGAAUAAACAUGACAGGGAAAAUAAGUAUUAUAUAGUUAAACUCAAGAGACACUUCAUGUUUAGGAAUCACCUUUGUCUUGUGUUCGAACUUCUUUCUUACAAUUUGUAUGAUCUAUUACGGAACACCAAUUUCCGAGGAGUCUCGUUAAAUUUGACUCGAAAGUUUGCUCAACAACUGUGUACGGCGUUGCUAUUUUUAGCAACACCUGAGCUAAACAUUAUACAUUGUGACCUUAAACCUGAAAACAUUCUGUUAUGUAAUCCGAAACGAAGUGCAAUCAAGAUUGUGGAUUUUGGGAGUUCCUGUCAACUAGGUCAACGGAUAUACCAGUAUAUACAGAGUCGAUUUUACCGAUCUCCUGAAGUACUACUAGGAAUUCCCUAUGACCUGGCUAUAGAUAUGUGGUCACUAGGGUGUAUACUUGUGGAAAUGCACACAGGAGAACCUCUAUUUGCUGGCUCUAACGAGUUCGACCAGAUGAUGAAGAUUGUAGAGGUACUUGGUAUGCCUCCUAAAAACUUGCUGGACCAGGCACCCAAGGCUAGAAAAUAUUUCGACCAGUUACCAGAUGGAACCUACAUAUGCAAGAAGUCAAAAGAUGGCAAGAAGUACAAACAGCCUGGAUCACGGAAGCUCCAUGAAGUAAUAGGAGCUGAGACAGGCGGGCCAGGAGGACGUAGAGCUGGGGAACCUGGACAUAAUGUGGCUGACUACCUAAAGUUUAAAGACCUUAUUCUCCGGAUGCUUGAAUUUGAUCCGAAAACAAGGAUAACACCAUACUAUGCUCUUCAGCACAACUUCUUCAAGAAAACAACAGACGAAAGUACCAAUACACCUAAUAGUGCGUCUAACAGUCCAGCCAUGGAACAGCAGCAUGUGUCCAGUCCCACAGUAGGUUCGUCAACGAGUGGGAGAGCGCGGUCUGAUCCAACACACCAACAUCACUCCCAGCUUCACUCCCACUCCCACUCCGCCCAUCAGGGUCAGGGAGUACAGUACCCUACAAUGGAGUGUGAGAGUCCAGCAUCAGGGCCUCCUCAGGUGGUUCCUACGUAUCAACAGCCACCAGCCAAUCAAAAUUGGGCACCAGCGAGUGACAGUCGUCUCCAGGGUAACAGUUCUCAUCGACAUCACUCUCAUCACCACUCGUCUCGGCAACACCAAUCUCCUCCACAGUUGCCACCCAGCGGUACAGCACCGCAGAUGGUGGCACAGCAUAACGCACCACAGCCACAGAUGCAGCAGGCCAUACUGCUUGGGUCAGUCGGAUAUCCUAGCAACUCUAGCAACUUCACAUCAUCACGGACUACGUACCCCGCCACGGCGGGGAUGGCUGUUGACCUAACAACCAAUCUGCAAGGUCAUGGCCACCCGCAGGUCAUACAUAACGACCCUGCACAGCUGUCUGCUGUGAACAUGGUUGGUUAUCCUACAUCCCAGUAUGGACCUCAGUACUCACAACAGACUUGGCCCACUGCCGGAUUCAACUUCUCAAUACAGACUAAUGUAAAUGCUAGUAAUCCUGGCCAUGACGUGAACAGCCAACACUCGCGUGCGGCUGCCGAACGUGGGGAGGACUCACCAAUGCAUGGGGUUGUUGUACAGCAAAGUCCUGUGGCUAGCCAUUGAUGGUACGCUAAAUCGUAGUGAAUACUUUCUCAUUUAAAGUCUUGCAGUGACUAGAAGAUAUAGUUGGAUUGCAGCUAUUGAUGCAAAAACAGGAAAGAGAAAUGUAGGUGUUGUGAUGGACAUACUGUGAGUAGGGAUAAUUGUUUUCUGUUCCAAGGAAUAGAGAUGUCUCCAUUGGGAGAUGUCUGUCACUGCAAGUGCAGCCAGUCAGCCGCCUAACAGCCUUAGUUGUUGUGUUCCGUAGCUAGCUGCUGUCGUCGUCAUGAGCGCUAUUCGCCGCUGCUGGCAGAGCUAUGCACAUCCAUAACAGCAUCUACAGGAGAUGCUAGUCAGUACGAGUUUGGUUUUCCGAUGAACUGGAAACCAUGCUAUCCACUCGAAAAAAGUCAGAUAUCUGUGCAAUGCUAAGUUUAGAAACAGAGAAGCUUGAAUAGCCCAGGAGUCUGCUUGUAAUCCUAAGUGUCACUGUGGGAUAUUACUGUGAUAGGAGUACGUCAUCCCAUACAUUGUCAUCUCGGGAUACAACUGUGAUAGGAUUCCUGGACAUAGUGGGAGACCCAGUUUGUGCUGGCCGUGGUCUACAAUCACUGCAUCCUUCAACUUCCUAGACCUAAAAUCAUGACAGAACGAUACGAUUCAAUGCUUCAUUGAUAGGUCAGAGGUCACGGUUGAAGAAGCUAUCUGUGGGAUAUGAAUUCGAGAAAAUGCUCAUAAGAAUGAAGUAUUAUAUGCAGCGUUUUCAGUAUCAUGUUUAAUGUGGUCCAUAGUCACUAUUGGUGUCAGUAGUGUAUUAUCAUAUAAACAAGGGCAAAUAACUCUUAUCUACCAUUCCACAAACACUGAGAAACUGUGGCUUAUUAUCCACCGAACUCAGGUGUAUACAAUCAUUUGCCAAACAGAAACCACCCAUCCAACUCUUGAACUUCUCAUUUUUUCUUCUUGUUUUAAUUUACAGUAAUUACAAGUAUUUAAAAAAAAAAAAAAGGGAAAAGAAUGAUAUUUUGUAUUAUUUCAGAAGUGUGAAAGUCACGUUUUUAGGAUUCAUAGAUUAAACUUUAAAUGAUUUCAUUAAAUUUGUGUUGAAAUUUAACAAAAACAAAUGAAUUCAGGGGAAUAUAAGUGUGGAUUGUUUGGACAAAUUUGUUAAUAGUUGAAUUGUAGUGAAAUCGUCAUGGGAAGCAGAGAACGUAUUCAUGCCUUCGUGGCCAGUGUUUAACACAAGGAAGAAAAGGACUUCUCUAAAUGUUGUUGACCAAAUAUGGCAAUAUAUAUAUAUAUAUAUUAUAUAUAUAUAAACAUACAUUAAAUCAAAUAUAUAUAUAAUGUGUUUGUAUGAAUGACGAUUCUUUGGAAAGGAAAGCCAUGUUGUGUUGAUGUAUCGGAAAUUGACAACCAGGAAAAAAAAAACAUAAAACCAUUUACAAAUGUGAUAAGGUGUGGAUGUGUUUGACAUAUCUGCACAUGGUUUGACAUUGUAAUACCCCAAAUGUAGGAUAUCAAUUACAGACAAGAAAUUUUGGUGUUAUAACACCACUGUGUAUAGUGACAUUAAUCUUCUGUGUACAGUGGUCCGACAAGAGGGAAUUAUUCAUGUGAUGUAAUAAUAUACAAAGUUUGUAAAUGUUCGUUUAAUCCUAUUUAUUGAGAAAAUGGAAGAGAAUUCUACAAUUCUUUUUAUCACCUGUUACAGACUGUGAGAGAUGUUAUGUGUGUCCAUUAUUACUGUUAUGAGAGAAACUGAAAACAUGUUUGUAUACAACAGGAAUUUAUUGUUUUAAUUAAUCCAUAUAUAUAUAUUGUAUAGUUCCAGUACCAUGAAUUUACUUAUAUAGUCGAGACGUCAGAAUCACGCUGUUCGGGAGGGGGAAGAAAUACACUGGUUUGUAGGAGAAAUGAGUAAUACAGCAAUUUCAAUUCUUAGCAUUUGAUUGUGCUCCUUGUGUUAGAAGAAGAGAGAACUCAAAUCACAUAUUGUUCAGAGGAAGAAAUACUUAUAUUUUUUUUUUUUCUCUUGAAUGAAUGAAUAAAUAAAAAAUAUAUAUAUUCAACAGGGGGACAGGAUAAACAACUGCAACAAAAAAAAAAUUUAAGACAGAAAAAUAAACAGAUGAUGAAGAUGUAGUUGAAGUCAUGUGAUGAAAGAGAAAAAUGAAUACAUUUGUCAGUAAGCCAUUAAUUGAGUAGGAUGAGAACUUCUUGGUGUUUAAAAAUGGUCUUUGGUCCCUUGCAAUAAGGUCAGGUUGACGUAUUAUAAAAACCUCAGAAAGCUAUUGGAGCAACAGACUUUUGAUACUCUUAUGAUUUAUCUUUAUAACCGGAAAUAAUAACACUGCUGCAAACCUGUACUGACAUACUGGGUAGAUCUUGUGUUCUUGGAUGGUUUACUCAACUGUCAAAGGGAGAUAAUUUUUCUUAUAUUUUUUUUUUUUUUUUUUGAUCUUUUAAAGAAAACAUGAUCAGUAAAUUGACAUAAUUCUUAAUAAUAUUUGGUCAUAUGCAAAUGAAUUAUACAACUUGAACAAUUUAUCUUACAUAAAUAGCUGGCUUAUUCCUACUCAAAGACUUAAGGAAGAAAUGGUCAUAAGCAAUGUUAAUUUAAGAUUUUUAGAUAGUUGAAAACAGUUAUCAAUAAUAAAAAGUGUUAUGAUACUAACCUCUGUACCAACAUUUAAGGUGCCAAAUGUUUAUUGCCAAAUUCUUAUGUCAGGUUUUUUUUUUUUUUUUUUGUCAAUUUCUUUUUUGACAAUAAUGAUAUAUGAAGACAUAUUUGAUGGUUGGCUGGCUUUGAUUUCUGUAGAGUAACCAGUUUUUAAUUAAUUUAAAAUAAGUAUAUCUGACAGGUAAUUUUUCUGACAUUUGAAAUCAUGUCUAAAUCAUUUUUUAUUAAAACUUACCUUUUUUUGGGGGGAAAUAUAAUUUUCAUGCUGGGGAAUAUAAAAAAUAAAAUGAGCAGGUGGAAAAAUAAAUACAGGAAGGGAAAAAAAUUCAUCGUGAUCAUAAUAUUAAGAAUUAAAAUGUUUACAAAUUAUUAAGUGAUGUAGGAAAAACAUUAAAGCAGAACACAAUAACGUGUCUUGGGGGAGGGGGUGGGGGGGAAUGUGGUCUGGUAACAGACUUACUAAUAUGUAAUAUAUAGAUUCCAGGAACAGGUGUCAUCUUUUUAAAUCUUUAGUUUUUAAGUGAAAAUUCUACAAUGUAAAUGUUUCAACUAAGAAAAAGGAGACAACAGUGUUUAGCAGUUUGUUUUAAAAAUCUCUAUUUCUUUGUCUUAUCAUGCAACCAAAGCCGAUCUUAACAAGAGAGCGUGUGUGUAUGCGAGAAGUAAGAAAAGAUGUGAAAAUUUUAUCAUUUUAGCAUAUAGAUAAAUCCUGAACUUUAUAGUUCACCCUAGGUUCGCUUCUCACAGUUUCCUGUCUAGGGGGAGGUAACUCCGUGGUCACCUGGUGUCUCAUUGGAUGUUCACCACCCUGAAAUAUCUCUCUCUACCAGUUUGAGUUUUAAUGUGUGUUACCACGACAUUCUAAAGGGGUGACCAGGUUCAUUUAUUUUGUAUAAAGUUCAUUGUAAGUAUCCAACCACUCGCCUCAUUAAAGUGUCACCAAGAUGA